AGAGACGGGGGCGCCGAGCCUCCGCUGCGCAGACGCGAAGAGAGCCCGCCCGCGCAUGGCCGCGGCGGCGGCGAUCGCGAGGCAGGCGAGGGGCGCAGGCCGAGCCUAGAGCAUGCUGCAGUCCAGCAAGCGGGAGCCGGAGCGCAAGACGGAGCGCAAGGCGGAGGACCUGGAGCAGCCCCUGGUUGCAAAGUCGGAGGUGCCGUCCAGCCCCUGGCUGGGCCCCGCGGGCGCCCCCGAGCCGCUGGCAGCGGGCGACCCAAAGCAGGCCGUAGCCGCCCGCGCCGGCGCGGCGGCGCCAGGAGCGGCCCCGGCGCUGCUGAGCAGCCGCAUCGUGGCCGCCAUCCAGGGGACCUGGGCCGGCGCGGUGCGGGAGCACGCGCAGGAGUGGUCUGAGCUGUGCCAGCGAGACCUGCGCAAGGCCCUGCUCGAGGUGCUCGAGGUGGUGCUGGAGCUGGCCGGUCUGCCCGGCAGCCUGCAGGAUGCGGACGUUGACGGGGAUCCCCAGGCGUUCUUGCAACGGCUGCCGGAGUGGGUGAGGAUCGAGGGUCUGGACCUGCAAGUCUGGCCGCUCAUGCCGACGGCGAAGCACGGCAAGAGGUCCCUCAUGAACUUCGAGAGGUUCUGGACCUUCGCCAUCAACGCCCAGGCCGCCUCGACCCUGCUGGAGGGCAGGGUCGUGGCCACGCUGAGCCACUGGCUGCUGGCCAUGCCGCGCGCGGUGAUCAGGUCCCUGCGGCACGUCUCCACGGCCGCGGCACUGGCGAUCGCAGAGGGGCUCGGGCACCAGCACCAGGCCCUCAACCGGCAGCACGACACCUUCAAACGGCAGUUGGAGUCAUCAGGUGCCAGCAAUCAUCGCCAGAAGGAGCAGCUGCAGAAGAACUUGCAGAAGGCAUCAGCGCAGGUAGAGGAGAUGUACAGGGCCCGGACGCAGCUGCUGGAGGCCAUUGUGCCAAAUCGCAGCAGGGACGUGAGCGAGAUCAUUCGAUUGCACACGCUGUGCGAGGUGGAGAAGCUGAUGAAGCAGGAUCCAGAGAUGUACCUCUCGAACAAGUGGACCGCGCGGGUCUUUCUAAUGAUCCAUGACCCUGCGGUGGAGGUGCGACUGAAGGCGAUCCAGGUGAUCCAGUCCUGGUACACCGGCAUACAGAAGUCGGAGGAGGUCAGGAAGCACCUCAACAACUUCGCUCAGAGGGGCCUGUCCCACUUGGUGGAGCGCAUCGCCGACGUGGACCCGCGCGUCGCCGCUGCGGCGCUCCGGUGCCUGCGUGAGCCUGUGCUGGCGGAGAGCCUGGAAGACGAGGAGUUCGACAGGAUCGUCAACCUGGUCGUGGGCUCGCAGGACGACUCGGUCCGAGAGGAGGCCGCGCUGUUCAUCAACUCCCAUGUCUUCCAGGACCCUGGCAUCUGCGGCCACGUCCUGGAGAGGCGCAAGGCGGGACGCCCGAAGGCUGGCGCAGACGGCGGCGGGGCGGAGGACGGCGGAGAGGUGGGCGAGGGCGGCGAGAGCAACCGGGGCCCGGACGCCGUCCGAGAGCUGUACAACUCGGAGACCAGCAUCUCGAUGCUGGUGGAGUACCUUGAGAACUACGUCGGCGACCACCUGCGCAUCUCUGAGCGGGUGGUGGCCGCCUUCUGGUCGCGGGCGCCGGCGCUGUGCCACUGGGGCACCAUGGUUAACCUUUGCCUCGUGGGCGAGAGCCAGUGCGGCGCCAGCAUGGACCCGGUGAGCCCGCGGCAGCGGCUGGCGCUCCUGUACAUCAUGGAGGCGGCGGUGCGCCGGGCCUGGGAGGACUUCCAGCAGAGCGAGCGCGCGAGCCAGAAGGAGGUCGCCGCGGCCAAGCUGAACGACGCGUGCGCGAAGAUCAUCCCGGAGCUCCCGCGGCUGCUCGAGGUCUGUCGCCCGGACGCCCAGCACACGCUGCUGUUCAGCCACACCUGCAAGAUCCUGCUGGACUACGCGGUCGACAACACGGAGAACAGGAUCAUCGUCAACACGAGGGCGCUGUGCGAGGGGCUCCGCCGGGCCAUCGAGAGCCAGGCCCCCCAGGACACGGUCAAGUACUGCGUCGACGGGCUCCUGGCCCUCGCGCGGUGCUUCGAAGACGCGAGGAUCGCCUUCUUGGACCUUGCGAAGGCCACGCACCACGAGUGCAACAACGAGAUUCAGAACCACGACGGCAGCCGCACCGAGAAGCUUCGCUUGGUCCUGGGCCGCCUCGUGGUGAUGGGGAACCGCGGCAUCGACAUGACCUUCGGGUCCGCGCGUGGGUGCCGAACGGCGCGACCCCCUCGGUCCCCCCCCCGCCUGCCUCGGCCCCCUUCCUUGCCCUCGCCAUGUUUCUUUUUCCGCUCUCGCACAUACGGUAGGUUCGUGUCGUGUCGACCGGCGGCGACCUCUCCGCGGGCGGUUUAA